AAGCCCCUCUCUCUCUCUUUAUAUAAGCUAUUGUCCUUCUCACUUCUAAGGCUUCCUAUUAGCUUUCUUGAAUCUUUGAUUGCAGAAUAAAGUGCAUACAUAUUUUAGAAUUGAUAGGACAGAUAAGAGAUAGAAAGUUACAUCACGCAGCAGAUAGGACUCGAUCUUAAAUAUCACUAAGAGUGGUUCGAAUGCAGAACCCAUCAAGAUGUUCAUUGCUUGUGUUAGUAGUAGGGUUGUUGUUGAUGAGCUUUUUCAUUGUGCCAAUGACAAGUCAAAAUGAUAGUGCAAUCAAGGUUGAUGUGGGGCUGAUUCUUGAUACAGAGACAUCUGUUGGAAAGAUGAGCCAGACUUGCAUGUCCAUGGCCCUUGAAGAUUUCUAUGACACUCACAAUUAUACCACAAGGAUUGUUCUUCAGACCAGAUAUUCCAAGGGUGAUGUCGUUGAGGCUGCCUCUGCCGCUAUAGACUUGUUGAAAAAUGUCCAAGUACAAGCAAUCCUAGGUCCAGAAACCUCCACACAAGCAGAUUUUGUGAUUGACAUUGGCAACAAAUCUCAAGUUCCCAUAAUUUCUCUAGCAACAAGCCCUUCUCUCUCUCCGAUGGAGAAUCCAUACUUCGUCCGAGUCUCACAGAAUGGCUCUGCUCAAGUUGAAGCCCUCACUGCCAUAGUUAAGGCCUUCAGUUGGAGAGAGAUAGUGUUAAUCUCCGAGGAUAGCAAUUAUGGGAGCGGUUUAGCUCCUUAUUUGACCAAUUCAUUGCUAGGAAUUAAUACCCAAGUCCGGAAUCAAAGUGUUAUAUCGAUUUCAGCUUCAGAUGAUCAUAUCCUUCAAGAACUUUACAAACUAAAGACAAUGCAGACACGGGUUUUCGUGGUGCAUAUGUUACCAUCCCUCGCUUCGCGCCUUUUUUUGAAAGCGAAAGAAGUUGGAAUGAUGAGCAAGGGAUACGCUUGGAUCAUCACUGAUGGGCUUACAAGCCUCUUGGAUUCAAUGGAUCGUGCUGUUAUAGAUUCGAUGCAAGGGGUGCUAGGAUUGAAGCCGUAUGUUCCGCAGUCAAGUGAGCUUGACAACUUCACAAAAAGAUGGAGAAAGAAGUUUCUUCAAGAGAAUCCAGAGAUGGACCGGUUUGAGCUAAAUGUGUUUGUACUAUGGGCAUACGAUAGUGUCAAGGCAUUGGCAAUGGCAGUAGAGAAAGCCGGUAUUGCUCAAUCACCACGAUUCAAAAAACCGGUAAAUACAGAGAGCUUGACAGACUUGGCUGCAAUUGGAACAUCAGAAAUGGGACCGAGGCUGCUUCAAUCAAUCCGAAACAUCAGAUUCAAAGGCUUGAGCGGCGACUUCAAUCUAGUCGAUGGACAAUUACAAUCAUCAGCAUUUCAAAUUGUCAAUGUGAUUGGAAAAGAAGGGAGGGUAAUUGGGUUCUGGACAAGUGAACAUGGUAUAUCGAAGGAAUUUGGAGCCAUCAUAUGGCCCGGUGAAUCAAAUGUUGCGCCAAAAGGGUGGGAAAUUCCGACAGGGGAAAGGAAAUUGAGGGUCGGAGUUCCUGUGAAGGGUGGUUUUGUUGAAUUUAUUAAGGUGGAAACGGAUGCUGAAACUAAUGCUGUUGUUGCCACUGGUUUUUGCAUAGAUGUGUUCGAGAAAGUCAUGAACUCAUUGCAAUAUGCUGUCCCAUAUGAGUAUUUUCCAUUCAAAACUCCUGAUGGAGAGAGUACGGGAAGUUAUGAUGAUCUUGUUCAUCAGAUCGUUCUUGAGAAUUUCGAUGCUGUUGUGGGCGACUUGACUAUUCUAUCAGACAGAUCCAAGUAUGUUGAUUUUACGUUGCCAUACACAGAGUCCGGUGUGUCAAUGAUCGUUCGAAUUGAGGCUGAGAGGAAGAAUGCUUGGAUUUUCAUGAAACCCUUAACAUUGGAUCUUUGGUUAACAACUGGGGCAUUUUUCGUCUUCACUGGCUUUGUGGUAUGGGUUCUUGAGCAUCGCAUAAACAAGGAAUUCCGAGGCCCUCCUCGCAAGCAAGUUGGAAUGAUAUUCUGGUUCUCCUUCUCUACACUUGUGUUUGCUCAUAAGGAGAGGCUAAUAAGCAACUUAGCAAGAUUUGUGGUGAUCGUGUGGGUGUUCGUGGUGCUAGUACUGACAUCGAGCUAUACAGCUAGCUUGACAUCAAUGUUGACAGUGCAAAAGCUCCAACCAAGUUUCACAGAUGUCAGUGCUCUUAUAAAGAAUGGAGAGUAUGUUGGGUACCAAACGGGUUCCUUUGUGGCUGGACUUUUGAAGAAAAAGAAUAUUGAUCCAUCCAAGUCCAAGAACUAUAGCACUUUUGAAGAGUAUGAUGAUGCUCUUACUAAAGGGAGCAAGAAUGGAGGAGUUGCUGUAAUAAUUGAUGAGCUACCAUAUAUUAGGCCCUUUCUUGCCAAAUAUUGUUCUAAGUACACUAUGGUUGGACCAAUCUACAGGACUGCAGGCUUCGGAUUUGCAUUCCCAAAGGGAUCUCCCCUAGUACCUGAUGUUUCAAGAGCAAUCCUAAAUGUAACAGAGGGAGAAGACAUGACACGAAUUCAACGACAAUGGUUUGGGGAAGAAGCAAAUUGUGCAGAACAAGAAGGUUCCAAAGUCGUCUCUGACAGCCUCACGCUCGACAGUUUCAAGGGUCUUUUCCUCAUCGCUGCUGUGUCUUCGUUUUCUGCUCUCAUCAUAUUUCUCUCUAUCUUUUUAUACGACAACAGGAAUGUCUUAACCUCUAAUGAAUACUCAAUCCGGGAAAAGAUUGCCGCAAUUGCUAAAAACUUCGAUGAGGAAAAAGACAAAUCAAGUGACACAUCCAAAAGAACAAACACUGCAAAUGGAAGGACAACAGUGUCUGCAGCAACUGCAGACACCGUCCCAAGUGAUGGGCCACAAAGCCUAGAAAUCAGCAUUUUGCAUCAAACAGAAGGGAUUUUCUAUGAAGAUGAAGGGUUUUCUACAACAGGACCUGGAACACCAAUUCAUGAGACCAUAGAAAUUGUAGAAACAAAUGAAGAAAGAUGAUAUGAUAUAUGUGCCUUGGUUAUUAGAAAGGUGUCCUCCCUAAUUCAUUCUUUGUACAACUCGGUCAAACUAGGAUGUAGGUAGGAGCAUUUCAUGCCCUUGGUUGUAGUACAUUCAUGGGGACUAAUUUGCAUGAAAUCCAUUGAUUUCUGAUAUCAUCCAUAAUAUUAAAUUCUAAUUUUUCAUGGCUAA